UAUUGUUCUGCCUUUUUUUUAUAUAUAGCUUCCCUAAAUCUGUAUCUGCUGCCGUCUGGGCCCUCUGUUAAAUCUUGGCACUCAUUUGGUGUUUCUUUUUAUCCUGCAGCAAGAGCAGACUUCCUUACCCGCCCUGAAGCCACUCACUGCAGCAAUGCUCGAGCAAGUACAGAAAUUUCUGCUAUCCAGAGCUGCCUGCCAGGGUUCCGAUUCCCAGAGCAGAUAUGAAGAGCUCUUCCAUAAACUGGAUGUUAAUAAAGAUGGGAAGGUGGACAUCCUGGAGCUGCAGGAGGGCCUCAAAGCCAUGGGAAUGGAAGUUGGCAAAGGAGCAGAAGAGAAAAUUGUAGCUGCAGGAGAUACUAACAAGGAUGGGCAUUUGGACUUUGGAGAGUUCAUUAGAUAUCUGGAAGAACAUGAGAAAAAAAUGAAGAUUGCCUUUACAAGUCUGGACAAAAACAAGGAUGGAAAGAUUGAGUCAGCAGAAAUAAUGAACUCUCUCAAAGUUUUGGGCAUCAAAAUUUCUUUAGACCAUGCCGACAAAAUCCUCAAGAGUAUGGAUUCUGAUGGUACUCUCACAGUGGACUGGAAUGAAUGGAGGGACCACUUCUUGUUCAACCCAGCUGAUAACAUCCAACAAAUUAUUCGAUACUGGAAACACUCAACGGUGCUGGACAUAGGAGACAGCCUUACUAUCCCAGAUGAGUUUACAGAGGAAGAGAAGAAGACUGGGCAAUGGUGGAAGCAGCUAAUGGCCGGUGGAAUGGCCGGGGCUGUGUCUCGCACAGGAACUGCUCCCUUGGACCGCCUGAAAGUCAUGAUGCAGGUUCAUGGAUCCAAGGGAAAUUCAAACAUAAUCACCGGCCUAAAACAGAUGGUUAAAGAAGGAGGCAUUCGAUCCCUUUGGAGAGGAAAUGGGGUUAAUGUGAUUAAAAUUGCCCCAGAGACAGCAAUGAAAUUCUGGGCAUAUGAGCAGUAUAAGAAACUGUUCACAUCAGAGAGUGGCAAGUUGGGAACGGCAGAACGAUUUGUAGCUGGAUCUCUGGCUGGAGCAACAGCACAGACCUCAAUCUAUCCUAUGGAGGUUCUAAAAACCCGUUUGGCCGUGGGGAGGACAGGGCAAUACUCUGGAAUGUUUGACUGUGCUAAGAAGAUAAUGCAAAAGGAAGGCAUACGGGCCUUUUACAAAGGCUACAUCCCCAACAUCCUUGGAAUCAUUCCUUAUGCAGGCAUUGACCUUGCUAUUUAUGAGACACUCAAAAACUAUUGGCUGCAGAACCACGCAAAAGACUCUGCCAACCCUGGGGUGCUGGUCUUGUUGGGAUGCGGCACUGCGUCCAGUACAUGUGGCCAGCUGGCAAGCUACCCUUUAGCUCUCAUCAGGACAAGAAUGCAAGCACAAGCAUCUAUUGAGGGUGCACCACAGCUAAACAUGGGGGGACUCUUCAGAAAGAUUGUAGCCAAAGAAGGUUUUCUGGGGCUGUAUAGGGGCAUUGGUCCUAAUUUCCUGAAGGUGUUGCCCGCUGUCAGUAUAAGCUAUGUGGUUUAUGAAAAGAUGAAGGUCCAGCUGGGUAUUUGAAACCUUAAGGAUAUGACUUUCCCACUCAGGAACUUAAGAGUUUAUUCUGUGUUUGAGUGAGCCAUUCUGGGAGGCUUCUUUCUAUAAGGGCUGGAAAUACCGUCCAUCAGUGAAUCAGAUAGUUGUCUUAGCUGUCAGAGUGAUAUUGAUUGAAACCUUAAUACAAAAAACAAAAAAAAAUUAAACCUAUUCUUUAUACUUUUGGGCUUUUUUAAUGUCCAAACUGAACACAAUUUCAUAAAGUGUUCAUUUGGAAAUUAACCUAAAACAGGUUCGUCUUUAUAUAUGGAUCUUUUUAAACAUUCUAGUUGUGAUCAUCGGGGAUUGCUUAAAAACAAAAUUGAAAUGUUCUAAGUCUGCUAAGUCACAACUAAAGGGCAGCAAUGGAGACCUGUAAUUAUCCUGUAUCUGUGAAGUGUUUGUAUGUAUGUAAUGAAAUAUGGCUGCUAAAAAAUAGCUUGUAAUCAUUUUAAAGGGCUUGAGAGAUUCAUAUUUAACAGGCCUCGGAAAACGGUUUUGCAUCAUAUUCAUUGACCUUUGUUUAGAACUGAUGUUCCAUUGCAACCAUCUUGUGUUACUUUUACCCUUCAUUGUCCAUUGCAGAUUGAAGUUUGCAUUUUCACCUGUAAACUGUCCAGAAUAUUGUGCCUUGCUAUGUGUUCCAAGGGGACAAUUAUUUUCUUGUACACAUUCACCAUCAUUAAGUUAACAGAUAAAGAGGACAGCAGCAAUUUCUCUCUUCUAUGCAAUGUCUCUUUUUUUUUUGUGUAGAGCAUGUACAGCAAUAUAUCCAAUGGCUAUAGGCUCUGAAUGAAAGUAUUUUAGGUCAUUCUAAAGUGUGGUUAUGGCGUUUUACUGUAAAUAAUUAUGGACAGUUUUUUGAAAACAGUAUUUUUAACUGUUUCUAUUGUGUCCUUUCCCUGUGACCAGAUGGAGUAACAUGAAAAGCAUAUCCAUUCUGACUGACCUGGGUUCUGUUUACAAAAAAUAUAUAUGUAUAUGUCUGCCAAAGAUAUCACUGUGCAAUACCAUUCAGAAAAAAAAUAUUUGAAACAGUUUGUUGUUUUUAUACAGGACUAAGAAUUUAUAAUGUAAAUAAAUUCCAUAUGUUCACUACA